CGGGUGCACACUAUCGAGGCUCAAAUCGCAUUCGCAUGCAGCUGGUUACACAUUGUUCUGUAACGGUAAGUUGAAGACGUCGACUAGGAUGGGGACAAUGUGGCAGACUCUUAUUAGAGCAUGACAGCGCCACCAGUGGUAAUGCAAUUUGUACACUUGGUGGGCUAUACGUUCUCAUCUCUAAACGGAAAACACAGGUUUGACAGGCUGGAAGUCUAUUGCUCAAAUUCGUUCGCAUGAUCGACCGCAGGAUAUAUCGGAGACCAUAUCUGCGGGGUAUAAAGUGUGGUAACGAUGGAUUGGAGCUGAAGCGUUCGUCAUGGCGGGGUUGAAUUCGAUGCACAGCAUCCAACCACAACCGGUUCUACGACUGUAACCGAACAUAUAAAUGCCACGACCAUAUCAACAGUGGACUGGUCAUCGCUAAUCCCCAGAACCCUGUGCAACCUGAGACAUUUUUCACAUCAAAAUGCCGCCCUCUGACCUCAAUACCGGUGGCGCUUUUGACAACAGCGGAACCAAGUCUACCCCAAUGACUUCAUCUGAUGCUUCCAGGAUUCAGUCAUCUCAGGCUCUCGGUGGGAAGGACAUGUCUUCCGGCGGUUUCGCGACGCGUGCUCAGAGUGCUGGCGCUAAGAAUGCAAACCAGGCGGGUACUAGUAAAAGGUAG